AUGCCCUCCAUUCGCACCUCAGCACCCACAGUCAUCCACUCUGUUCCCUCUUCACCCAAGAUGAACAGGUCGGUUGGCUUCUACCAAGACCCCGUCGAGGGUGUCUCGCGCCCAGUCAACACUUCCGAGUCCUGGGCAGCCUACAACUUCGAGACGCAUGCCCGCAAGUGUGCCUACUGCCACAACCCUUACGAAGUCCACCGCAGCCGUGAGCAGCUCUGUGAGGCCGGCCACCGUCUUGCCCAAGAAGUGGCCCGCUUCAUCUACAACAAGUCCGACGGCAAGACCUACUCCACUGUCGAGGAAGACCACAAGCCUGUCCGCGUUGAGCUCCCAGCCGGAUACGUCGAGGUCGCCAGUCUCCUGAAGGCCAUCGAGCGCAGCCUUCGACACAGGUCUCGACGAUCAUUCGUCUCCAUGGACAGCAGCUACUACGUUGCACCUCGCGUCCCCUCAUCACCAGUCAAGCGCUCCAGCUCCGUCAAAGUCACACAGGAGCCCAAGACCAAGACCAAGAACAAGACCAAAUCCCGCCCACGCCCACACUCUGGCGAGAUUGUCGACUGGCCGCAAUCCAAGCGCGUCCUCACUGAAAUCAGCAACACGGCAAACACCAAGCGCGGCUCUCUCUAUGAGGAGGACUUGGCCCUCCAACGCCGCAACGCCAACAAGUACAAGGUCGAAGUCCGCGAACCGUCAGCACGCGACCUCCGCGACCACCGCUCCUCGGGCUACUACCGCUGAAUAAAGCCCGGACAUGUUUGCAUUCGCGCCAUACACCAUAACCCACACUAAGACACAAGUCUGAACACACUACACCACCACAUCGGUCACCCGAUGCACGCGGACGCUGCAAAAGCUCCGCGCCAAUCCGCCGCUUGCACAUCGACUCUUCAUAUAUUGAAAGCUUUGUUUGGUAAUGCCGGCGGGUCACUGGACAUGAGACAGGAUACUAUUAAUGGUCACGAUGAUGAUGGACUCCACCGAUACAGGUGUUGAGGCAACGAUGAGGAAGGGACCCUGGGACGGGUUUUCUGGGCAUGACGAUGACAAUGCAGGGAUCUGGGCAACUUCUUUACUUAGUAGCAUCUAUUGAAUCCAGGGUUUUCUUGAA